GUGACCACCUGCAGCAUGGCGAGUCCGUCCCUUGCGACUACUCUUUGCGGCAACGUUCGCUUGGAUACGUGCAUCUUCAACGCGAGCGGUCCUCGCACCGGAUCGUCGGAUGCUCUUGCCAAGAUCGCAGCCUCGGCGGCAGGCGCUGUCCUUGCCAAAAGCGCGACCGUUCUCGAGCAAACGGGCAACGACUUGCCGCGCACAUGGCAAAACGACAAAGUUGCAAGCCUCAACUCAGAGGGUCUGCCGAACAAAGGCAUUGGGUACUACUUGUCGGAUGAAGUGAUCCAGGCGGCGGGGUCCAAGCCGUAUAUUGUGUCGUUAUCAGGGCACAACUUGGCGGACAACUUGGCCAUGUUGAAGCAAGCAUCGGCCACCAAGGGCGUCCAUGCCAUCGAGCUCAACUUGGCGUGCCCGAACGUUAUUGGCCAUCCCAUCAUUGCGUACGACUUUGACCAGCUCUCGACGGUCCUCACAGCAGUGCAAGCGACUAUGGCGUCGUCUUCCACGUCGCUCGAUACGCCACUUUUCCACCACCGAAAGAAAACUCGACGCGUGAAGUUGCCUCCGUAUUUUGACGGCCCGCAAUUUGAGAAAGCCGCCAGCAUCAUCAACCAGUUCAAGUGCGUUCAAUUCGUUGCGUCGAUCAACACCGUGGGGAAUGCGCUCGUCGUCGAUGCCAUCGCUGAAAUGCCAGCGAUUCGCCCGAAGAACGGGUUUGGAGGGCUGAGUGGGCCUGCCGUCAAGUACUCGGCUCUCGCGAACGUGAAGAAGCUGCGGGAGCUGCUUCGUCCUGACAUUGCUGUCAUUGGGGUUGGCGGCGUGGAAAGCGGCGAAGAUUCAUUCAACAUGAUAAUGUGUGGAGCGCAGGCUGUCCAAGUUGGCACGUGCCACUGGAUCGAGGGCCCCAAGUGCUUUGACCGCAUUGCCAGUGAACUCAAGGACCUCAUGACUCAAAAGGGAUACAACGCAGUGGACGAAUUCCGCGGCAAGCUCCAACCGUGGAGCAAGGAAGGUGCCGCCAAGAGCCGCGAUGCCCGCAAAGCCGGUGGCGCUAACAAGUCGAAUGCGGUGGCAACCGUUGUGGAGUCCAAGGCGGAUUCGGCAUCCCUCUAUGCAGUCAUCAUCGUCCUGCUUGCCGUGAUCGCAGCCCUUCUCGUGGAAAAGUUCAACUUGACGAAGCCUUAA